GUCUGUCUGUCUGUCUGUCUGUCUGUCUGUCUGUCUGUCCGUCCGUCCGUCCGUCCGUCCGUCCGUCCGUCCUUUUGUCAGCAUUUUAUACAGCUAAUUAGGUUUACUAAUUAUUACAUUUCAUGAUUAUAUAUACAUAAAUAAUUCAGCUGUACUUUUUUUUACCGUUUAUCAAUAACAUUUAUAGAUACAGCUAAUAACUGUAAUUUUACUAUGACAAUUAUUGUUGUAAUUAAUUAUUAAUAUUAAUUAUUUUAAACAUAGAUUUCCUGUUAAAUUAAAGAGAUCAUCAGUUCUCAAUUAUUUAGGCUACUCAACCUCAAGAUUUCCCAACCUGUAUCAAUUUCUUUUUCUCCUAAACACAAAAUAUAAUAGUUUGAAGAAUAUCAGGAACUAAGCGGUUUCUGGUCCAUAUUGACUUCCACAGUAUUUCUUUUAUAUAGCCUACUAUGCAAGUCACUAUUGACCAACUGUUUGCUUAUAUUAAUUUUAUUAAAUAUAUAUCCAUUUGUGUUAAGCAAAAAUGAAAAAUCCCUUUAAUAUGACUACACUAAUUAAUUAAGAUAUUAGUUUGCUUAUACAUGUUCUGUAUCUAAAGUAAGUAUAAAUUAAACAGCUGUGAAUUUAAUUUAAUGUAUUUCCUUCUCCAGAUGUGUCAGCUGACAAGAGUCAUCCUUCUCCUCUGUUUGUCCAUAGUGAGACUGUCUGCGCUUAACUUUUUCCCAGGGAAAUUUAAAGUUGGCGAGAGAGGCACAGACGUGAUCUUGACCUGUCACACAAGUGAACAUGAAAUCACGUGGAAGCAUCAGGACGCACACAGUAUAUCGAAAAUCUCAGGAUCAGAGUUUGAAAAAAUCAGCGGUCGAACUCUGACCCUGAUGGACCUGGACGAGGACCAGAUCGGCAACUACACCUGCUGGAGCCAACAGGGUCUGGAGGACUACACCUAUCUCCUGCUGGAUAAGACCAAAGAAACUACAGCUUUCAACCUCAAAUGCACAGCCGAAAGUUUCUCCUGCACUGAACGAAUCAAAUGUUCCUGGAGAUCGGAUGCAUUUACUGCGUUCAGACUACGCAAUUCAAGGGAUAAUGGAAAAUGGGUGUCAGAGUCUGUGGACGGGGUAUUUUAUCUCCCACAUUCAACCGAUUCCUAUUCUGAGGAGUCUGAGCGACUGCAAAUAACAGGAGAAGCUCUUUCUGCGUGCUGCUAUAUGAAAACUGACUACAGCUUCUUCCUGAGAGACAUCGUUAAGCCAGCCAAUCCAAACAUUUCCAUCUGCAGAGUAAAGGAUGAGGGCAGUGAUGAGCAGAUAACCGAGGUGGAGGUGAAGCCUCCAUCCUCUUGGCCACAGCCGCAGAGUUUCUUUCCUCUGACGCACCAGAUUCAGUAUGAGAAUCGAGAUGAUGGCAUGCUGAAAACUAAAGAAUGGGAGAAAGACUCAAAGGUCACAGUUAAGGGCUUGAUCAGAAAGCUGCGUGCCCGCUGCAGAGACCCACUGCUCGUCUCCCAGUGGAGUGAAUGGACCCCCUGGACAAAUGUAAACUAGUGUUUACACAUUAUUUAUUUAUUUAUUGACUUAUUUAUUUAUUUAUUUGAUUGUUUAUUUAUUUGAUUGUUUAUUUAUACCUCCCUGUCUUUAUUUACAGUUGAAGUCAAAAUUUUAUAGCCCUUCUGUGGAAUUGUAAUUCUUUUUAAAUAUUUCCCAAGUGAUGUUUAACAGAGAAUUUUCUUUUUCAACAUAUUUUAAAAGAUAAUAUUUAAUAACAAAUGUCUAUUUUUUCAACUUAUUUUACAAGUGCAGUUUAAAGGUUUAACUUGGUAAUUAUGCUAAUUAGACAGGUUAGUAAUUUGGAUAAAAAUAUAUUUCUUAAUGUCUGCAUGAACCAGAAGCUACGACAUUUUUCUUUUCGUAUUGUGAUGCAGCUCCUGUAGAGAAACGGAAUAUCAAAUGAGAAAACAGUGGCGUAGCUUGUUUUUUCUACUGCGAGCUGAUUGGAUUCAGGCAAUUCAUUCAGAAAGAUCGGGAAAAGGGUUUAGGGAGAGUUAUUACAACCUAGCAUACAUCUCCUCCUCAUCAUUUCUGUUUGUUAUCAAAACUGACUGUUGGUUGGAGUGUGCUUAAAGGUGCAGAAUUUAAGUUUGACACCCAGUGGUUGAACUAGGUAUUGCAUGCCUGGUUUAAAACACACGCCAGCACAGGUUGCCAGACUGAUGAAAUCAACAGUAGUGUGACUAACUAAUCGAGCCUAAAGGCUGAUUUAGUCAUGUUCUAACUGAAAGCAACGGCAGGCGAUCGAAGGAAUUUUUUUAAAUGUUAAAAGUAGUUUUUAAAUGCUAAUAAUGUGAGUUUGAAUGCCAUUUUGCAUGACAU